GCGCGGAGGCGCUGCCGGCCCGUCCCGUCCCGAGCCGAGCGGAGCCGGCCCGGCUCGGCCGCGGAAGGAGCACGAGAAGGAGGAGGAGAAGCAGGAGGAGGAGGAAAAGGAGGAGGAAAAGGAGGCGGCGGCGCUCCCCCUCCCUCCGUCCCUCCCCGGCGGGACAAAGGGCUGCGGCGCGCAGGAGCCAUGGGCCGGGGGCCGCCGCGUUAGGAGCAUCCCGGGGCCGGCGGGGACGCGGCGCUGGACAUGGAGCCGGCGGCGCGAUCCAGCGGGGAUAUCCUGAGGCGGAACCCCCAGCAGGACUACGAGCUGAUCCAGCGGGUGGGGAGCGGCACCUACGGCGACGUGUACAAGGCUAGAAAUCUUCAUACAGGAGAACUGGCUGCUGUAAAAAUAAUCAAGUUAGAGCCCGAGGUUGAAUUGCCCUUGAUUUGUAGGGUUUUUUUGAGUUAUCUCAGCCGUGAGAAGCUGUGGAUAUGUAUGGAAUACUGCGGUGGGGGAUCCCUCCAGGACAUUUACCACGUGACAGGACCUCUGUCGGAGUUACAAAUUGCUUAUGUGUGCAGAGAAACUUUACAGGGUCUUGCUUAUUUACAUAUGAAGGGCAAAAUGCACAGAGAYAUAAAGGGUGCAAACAUUUUACUAACAGACCAUGGAGAUGUUAAAUUAGCUGACUUUGGGGURGCAGCAAAAAUCACCGCCACCAUCGCAAAGAGGAAAUCCUUUAUUGGCACUCCAUACUGGGCCCUGUUUUUAAUGUCAAAAAGUAAUUUUCAACCACCAAAGCUAAAGGAAAAAGCAAAAUGGUCAGCAACAUUCCAUAAUUUUGUCAAAAUAGCACUUACAAAAAACCCAAAGAAGAGACCAACAGCAGACAGACUUCUCUCUCACAGUUUUGUGGGGCAGCCUGGGCUGUCGAGGUCUUUAGCAGUUGAGCUGUUGGACAAAGUCAAUAACCCCGAGAACCACACCCAUUAUGGGGAAGUGGAYGACGAUGAUUUUGAGCCUCACUCYGUGAUCCGCCACACCAUCCGCUCCACCAACAGGAACAUCAGGGCAGAGAGGACAGCAUCAGAGAUCAACUUUGAUAAGCUGCAGUUUGAGCCCCCUCUACGAAAAGAAACAGAAGCUCGGGAUGAAAUGGUUGUGGCAGCAGGCAGUGACUUUGCUUCACAUUGGAAUCCUUUUGUGGAUGGAAGCAACAAGGGACUGCUCACAAAAUUUGGCGAUGGCAGUGAAGAUGCUGAAGAAUCGACCCUGAAGCGAGCUGGGCCACCCCCACUGCCCCCCAAGCCGAGGAUGAACAAUUACCCCGAGGAAAACCUCCCGGACGACGAGAGAUGCCAGACAAUAAAACACUUCCCAGAUUCCCAGAACAGAGCCCCAGCAGCCCACAGGAGACAGAGCAUCCCAGUUUGUGGGCCCCAGGCAGAUCCCUGCCCCAUGGGCAUGACCAGCAGCAUCAGCAGCCCUGGAUUGCUCACAGCCAGAUACAGCGACCUGGGCAAUGGGAAUGGGAUGUUGAAACACAUCGAGGAGAAYGCAGAAGGACCUGGACAGAUCCCUCAGCUGCCACGGAAAAAGGAGAAGAGAGAUUUCCCUAAACCAGCAAUCAACGGUUUGCCUCCGACCCCGAAGGUGCUGAUGGGAGCCUGUUUCUCCAAAGUCUUUGAUGGUUGCCCUUUGAAGAUUAAUUGUGCAACUUCAUGGAUACAUCCAGAUACUAAAGAUCAGUACAUUAUCUUUGGCACAGAAGAAGGGAUCUACACUCUGAAUUUGAACGAACUUCAYGAAGCAACCAUGGAACAGGUGAGUUCAGGUGGCUUGAGCAYACARAAUAAAUCUGGGGAUAUUGUGGAGSAGUUCCCUGCUGGAGGAGUGGCUGAGAUGUCAACUGUGCUUUUCUCUCUUACAGGGAAAACAUUCCAGCUCUACUCCCAUAAUUUAAUAGCAUUAUUUGAACAAGCCAAAAAAACAGGAUUAGCUGCUCAUAUCCAAACCCACAGAUUCCCUGACAAAAUAUUACCAAGGAAAUUUGCCUUAACGACCAAGAUCCCUGACACAAAAGGAUGCCACAAAUGCUGUAUAGGUGAGCAGACAAAUGCAACUUUUCCAUUUAUUGCUGUGGCCAUGGCAYGUCUGAAAUUUUUUUUUUCCCCAGGCAAUCAGCAGUUGGAUGCCAUUCACGUGACACAGCUGGAAAGAGACACCGUCCUGGUCUGCCUGGACAAAUUUGUGAAAAUAGUGAAUUUACAAGGGAAAUUGAAGUCRAGCAAGAAAUUGGCUUCUGAGCUGAGCUUUGAUUUCUGCAUCGAGUCAGUGGUGUGCCUUCAGGACAGCGUGCUGGCCUUCUGGAAACAUGGGAUGCAGGGCAAGAGCUUCAAGUCAGAUGAGGUGACCCAGGAGAUAUCCGAUGAAACCAGGGUUUUCCGCCUGCUGGGGUCAGACAGGUAAUCUCCCCACAGAAACAGAAACCUUUUGUUUUAUUUAAACCAGCUUUUCUCACUUCCAGCUGGGACUGGCUUCCAGCCCAGCACAGCUCAGUCUGUGGGCAGCAGAUGUCAGGGAGAGAGGAGAGAUGCUCUUGGCUUGUAGGGUGUCCAGUUCACUUGUGCAAAAGCCUGCUGCUGCCUUGGAUUGGCCUGGUGAAAUUAUUAUUGGCAGGAGUCAGUUAAAAACAAUMUUUGCUGGUCUGGAACUAGCACUCACUCAGGUUUUAAUCACAGUGAUCCA